AUGCCGUCAAAUAAAGAAGUGGAUAAUGUGCAAGUAGCUGUCCGAUGCAGACCCUUAAACGAAAAGGAAAAGAAUGAUCGUCAAGCGCACGUAAUAAAAGUAAAUGAAGCUAACGGAACAGUAACACUCAAUACCGAACAUAGCCGCACUGGAGAUCAUGGUUCCAAAACGUUCACCUUCGAUACAGUUUUUGGAUCUGAUUCAAAGCAAGUUGAUGUAUACAAUCAAACUGCUAGAAAGAUAGUCGAAUCAGUAUUAGAAGGCUAUAACGGCACGAUAUUCGCUUAUGGUCAAACGGGUACAGGCAAAACAUUUACUAUGGAGGGGGUUCGCUCGACUCCUGAACUAAGAGGAAUUAUUCCAAAUUCGUUUGCACAUAUAUUUGGACAUAUUGCAAAAUCACAAGGAGAUGCCAGAUUUCUAGUUAGGGUUUCCUAUAUGGAAAUUUAUAAUGAAGAAGUUCGUGAUUUAUUAGGCAAAGAUCAAAACGCUAGACUUGAGGUAAAAGAACGUCCGGACGUAGGCGUCUACGUAAAAGAUUUAUCUGCUUUUGUGGUUAAUAAUGCCGAUGAUAUGGAUAAAAUUAUGAAUAUAGGGAAUAAGAGCAGAUCUGUAGGUGCUACAGAUAUGAAUGCUCAAUCUUCUCGAUCUCAUGCCAUAUUUUCAAUCACUGUUGAAUGCAGUGAAAAAGGGCCUGAUGGCGAACAACAUGUUCGAGUUGGUAAACUCCACUUAGUUGAUCUAGCGGGUUCUGAAAGACAGACUAAAACUGGAGCAACUGGAGUUCGACUAAAAGAAGCAACCAAAAUUAAUUUAUCCUUGUCAACUUUAGGAAAUGUUAUUUCGGCACUAGUUGACGGGAGAAGUACACAUAUCCCAUACCGAAAUUCUAAGUUAACACGUUUAUUACAAGACUCGUUAGGUGGCAAUGCAAAAACGGUUAUGAUUGCUACUGUUGGACCAUCGAUAUAUAACGUUGAAGAGUCAAUAAGCACUUUAAGAUACGCAAACAGAGCAAAAAAUAUUAAAAAUCAUGCUAAAAUUAAUGAAGAUCCUAAAGAUGCUAUGUUGAGACAAUUCCAGCAAGAAAUUGAAAAAUUAAAGAAACAACUAGAAAAUGAGGGAUAUGAGGAAGGGUCUUCCGAGGGAUCAGAGUAUUCAGGCGAAGAAGAAAUAGGAGAAGACGGUAAACCUAAACCUCGUCGAAGACGAAAGAAAAAAGGGAAGAGACCAAUAUCUCCUGGCAAGCGAGAAAUUAUGAUGAAGCAAAUUGAAGAAGAGAAAGCAGCUCUAAAAGAAAAAACAAAUAUGGCAGAAACAGAAAGACAAGCUGUAACGAAUCAGCUAGAGGAACGCCAAAAAGCAAUUGAAGAUGCUCAGAAAGAGCAUGAAGCGUUAACAGAAAAACUUCGAUCAAUGGAAAAGAAAGUUAUUGUCGGUGGCGUAAAUCUGCUUGAAAAAGCUGAAGAACAAGAACAGUUAUUGGAAGAAUCAGCCAAAGAAUUAGCUGAUCGUCAACAACAGCAAAAAUUGCUAGAGGAAAAGAUUCAACGAGCUGAAGCUGAAUACGAAAAUCUAGAUGAAAAAUAUAGCAAUUUACAAGAGGGAGCCGCAGGUGUAGUUAAAAAAUUGAAAAAAUUACAGAAAUCUUACGAUUCAGCUAAAGCCGAGCUACAAGAUCUUCGUGAAGAACAUGAAAGAGAAUUAGAAGAUAUGAUGCUAAAUAUUAAACAGUUAACGCGUGACAUUCAAAUGCAAAGCGUAUUAAUUGAUAACUUUAUACCAAUCGAUUGCCAGACUCUAAUCGAAUCCAAUAUGGCAUGGAGCGAAGAGAUGGGAGAUUGGCAACUGCGAAGUGUUGCCUAUACAGGGAAUAAUAUGAGAAAAAGGACUCCAUCACCUGAUAAAAAUGUACCAGCUGAGCUUGAAAUUGAUUUAUCCAAAGUCUACCUAUCCUAUAACUCGCAAGCGUUGCAAGAACCAGUUCGUAAAGCUGCAAAUAAAUCAAGACCAAAGACUGGCAAAAAGAAGAAUAAGGGUCAUUAA